AUGGCACCCAAGAACAGGGACUUCUCUGGCUAUCAGUAUGCCGCGAUGUCAUCCCUCGUCUUGACUGCUGACCGCUCCAAAAUUCCUAGGCGGGAUAACGAACCAACGGGCGAGCCUGAGACCUUGGUGGGUCGGAUAGACCCCAAAUCGAUGGGGAGUCGCGCCUUCACAGAGUCUGUCCAUAUCAAGAAGGACAUCUCCAAGAAGAAAUCGAAACAUAUUUCCUCAACCGACGAUCGACCCAAGAAAGCCACCGAAACAAACGGCCGAAGGUACGCCGAUGUCAUCGAAGCCAUCCAACAGAUCGAGGGCUUGAACUACAAACCACGGACCAACGAGACCCGAUCGAUCUACGAACUAUUACUGUCGAGCGUCCAACUGAUGUUAGGCGAUCAGCCUAACGAAAUCGUCCGAUCGGCGACCGACAUGACCAUCGAAGCCAUGAAGAACGAUAACGACUACCCCAAAGACCUCGACAAGAAACGUACCAUCGAAGAAUUCCUGGGGACGAUCUCCAGCGAGAAAUUCAACGAGCUGAGUAACCUAUCCAAGAAACUUACCGACUAUGGGAAUGAAGACCAGGCUCAACAGGCAGGCGGUGAGGGUGAGGAUGGCGAUAACCAGAAGCGGGCAAACGAACUGGAUGACGACAAUAAUGGGGUGGCGGUGGUGUUUGAGGACGAUGAGAAUGGCGAAGAUAGCGAUGAAGAUGAAUUUGAAAUUCGCGACAACUCGGACAGUGACGAGAAUAGUGAAGCAGAUGAAAACGAUGACCCAGAGGAUGACCAACUCAACGGCCAACAGACAGAUCCCACCGAUCAGAUCCUCAUCGGCCCCGACUCCACCUCGUCCGAACUAAAGAAUAAAAAGGGCAAACAGGAUCUGACCAUCUACGAUAUCGACGGUUUUUGGCUCCAACGUUUGAUUGGAAGUCAUUUCCCCGAUCCAAUCGAAGCGGAGUCUAAGACCAAGGAGGCCAUCAAUCUCCUAUCCGCCGACAAUUCCAGCCUACGAGAUCUCGAAAACAGUCUCGUCGAUCUGUUCGAUUACGACAAGUUUGAAUUGGUCUCUGUUCUCACCAAACACCGUGACAUCAUAGUCUGGGGUACCAAAUGGUCUCGAAGCGACGAAGACGAAAAGGUCAAUUUGGCUGUCGUCAUGAGAGAAAAGGGGGUGGGUUGGAUCGUCAAGGCUCUAACCACUGGCCGUGGAAUCAGUAAUCCCCAGCUUCAAACGGCCGCCAACUCGAAUAAGAUGGAUAUCGACUCAGAAGAGACGGCUAAACCGACCAAAUUCCCCACGAAAGCUAACUUGGAAGCCAACUCGUUCCUUCCCAAUCCCAAAAAAAUGCUAGAUCUGAGCUCCAUGGUCUUCAAUCAAGGUUCUCGAACGAUGACCAACAAGAAGUGCAAAUUACCCGAAGGCUCUCAUAAGGUACAACCGACGGGACAAGGCUACGAAGAAAUUCAUGUACCUCCACCGGAGAAAGCUCCCGUGAAGUCUGAAGAUUUGGUCAAGAUUACCGACUUGCCCCAUUGGUCUAGGGAAGCCUUCAAAGGCGCCACCACCCUCAACAGAGUUCAAAGCAAAGUCUUUCCAGUCGCCUUUGGCCAAGAUGACCCGAUUCUAUUGUGCGCUCCAACUGGAGCCGGUAAGACAAACGUGGCUAUGCUAACGGUUCUCAAUGAAAUCGCCAAGCACCGCAACGAAACCACGGGAGAGAUCGAUCUCGCUGCGUUCAAAAUUGUCUAUGUGGCUCCGAUGAAGGCUCUCGUCCAAGAAAUGGUUGGAAACUUUUCAAGCAGGCUCAAAUAUUUGGGUAUUCAAGUCGGCGAACUCACAGGCGAUCGGCAGAUGACAAAAGAUCAGAUUACGAUGACUCAAAUCAUCGUCACAACCCCAGAAAAAUGGGAUGUGAUUACUCGUAAGAGUACCGAUACUAGUUACACCAAUCUGGUGGGCUUGAUUAUUAUCGAUGAAAUCCACUUGCUACAUGACGAACGAGGACCGGUUCUAGAAGCGCUAGUCAGUCGAACUAUCCGGAGGAUGGAACAAAACCAUGAAUACGUGCGCCUCGUCGGUCUUUCGGCUACCCUGCCCAACUAUGCCGACGUGGCUCGGUUCUUACGGGUCAACCCGAAAAAAGGUCUAUUCUUCUUCGAUAGUUCGGCUCGACCGUGCCCCCUCAAGUUGGAGUUUAUUGGGAUCACCGAGAAAAAGGCUAUCAAGCGUCUCCAGAUCACCAACGAGAUCUGUUACGAGAAAGUGAUGAAGCAACUCAAUGAUAAGCAACAGAUCAUCAUCUUUGUCCACUCUCGAAGUGAGACCACUCGAACUGCCAAAACCCUGAAAGAAGCAAGUAUCGAGCGAGAUGAAGUCGGUAAAUUUAUGUCGGGAGGACUAGCCACUCGGGAGAUUCUAAUGGAAACGGCCGAAAACGUCAAAGAUCCGGGCCUGAAAGACAUCCUCCAAUUCGGUAUCGGGAUUCACCAUGCUGGUUUAGAACGGGUUGACCGACGAUUGGUCGAAGAAUUGUUUGCCGAUGGACACCUUCAAGUUCUGGUAUCAACUGCUACUCUGGCUUGGGGAGUCAAUCUGCCUGCGCACGCCGUCAUUAUCAAAGGCACUCAGAUCUACAAUCCCGAGAAGGGUAGGUGGGUUGAGCUAUCGCCCCAAGAUAUCUUGCAGAUGCUCGGCCGAGCAGGGAGACCGCAGUACGAUACCUAUGGCGAAGGGAUCAUCAUUACAAAUCAUUCCGAGCUGCAGUUCCAUCUGUCCAUCACUACCAGUCAAUUGCCUAUUGAAUCUCAAUUGGUUAGCAAACUGGCGGACAUCCUCAACGCCGAGAUCGUAUUAGGUACAAUUAGAAACCGUGAGGAAGCAGCCCAGUGGCUAGGUUAUACUUACUGGUAUCAACGCGCGCUGGAAAACCCGUCACUUUAUGGCUUCCAGCAUGACCCUGAGGACCCUCUCCUGCUCCAAAAGCGGUCGGAUAUCGUUCACACCGCCUUCUGUAUACUCGAAAAGAGUGGAUUGGCCAAGUAUGAUCGAAAAACUGGACUGGUCUCGACACUUGAACUGGGAAAGAUUGCUAGUCACUACUACGUCACCAACACAUCAAUGUCCACCUACAAGCAACAUCUCCGACCCACAAUGACUCUUAUUGAAUUAUUCAGGGUGUUUGCUGCGAGUGACGAGUUCAAGUACGUACCUACUAGACCUGAAGAGAAACAAGAGUUGGCCAAGCUGCUCGAAAAGGUCCCGAUUCCGGUCAAAGAAUCUGUAGGAGACCCAAGCGCGAAGAUCAAUGUUCUAUUGCAGGCGUACAUCUCCAGACUGCCGUUAGAAGGAUUCGCUCUAAUGGCUGACAUGGUCUAUGUCACUCAAUCGGCUGGAAGAAUCUUAAGGGCUUUAUUCGAGAUAUGUCUCAAGCGUGGCUGGGCUAGGUUAACUCACCAAGCCUUGGACUUAUGCAAAAUGGUCGAGAAGAAGAUGUGGGUCUCGAUGAGCCCUCUUCGGCAAUUUCCAUCCUGUUCAGCCGAUAUCAUCCGACGGGCCGAAAGGAAGGACUUUCCGUGGUACCGAUUCUUUGACCUCGAGCCACCGGAGCUCGGCGAGCUGAUGGGAAAUCCCAAGCUUGGAAAAACUAUCCACCGAUUCGUCCAUCAGUUUCCCAAGCUGGAACUUCAAGCUCUAGUCCAACCUAUCACCCGAACUAUGCUACGAGUCGAACUCACGAUCACACCAGAUUUCAUGUGGGAUGAAUCAGUUCAUGGGACCGGCCAAAUGUUUUGGAUAAUGGUCGAGGAUGUGGAUGGGGAGCUUAUAUUGUUUUCAGAUCAGUUUCUCCUCCGUCAGCGAUAUGCCAACGAAGAACACUUUGUGACGUUCUACGUACCCAUGAUCGAUCCGCUACCCCCGAAUUACUUCAUCUCCGUCGUUGCUGAUCGCUGGCUUCAUGCUAGUACUCGCCUUCCCUUAUCCUUCAAACAUUUAAUACUGCCCGAAAAAUUUUCUCAACCCACUCCACUCUUGGAUCUCCAACCACUUCCCGUUGCAGCUCUACAUAAUAAGGCCUAUGAAUCGAUUUACCUCAAGCAGGGUCUUAAGAACUUCAACAAGAUCCAAACUCAAGUCUUCCAGGCGCUUUACACCAGCAACGACAACGUUUUAAUCUGCUCACCCACAGGUAGCGGUAAGACGAUCUGUGCCGAAUUUGCUCUAUUGCGACUAUGGUCCCAACCUGAAUGGCAGCGAUGUGUUUGCAUCGAGCCUUAUCAGGAGGUCGUUGAUGUUCGAGUGAAAGAGUGGAGACAGAAGUUCGGUCCUCUCGGAAAAGUGAUUGAACCUCUGACCGGCGAGCUGACGCGGGAUGUCGAGCUGACUGCAAGUGAUGGGAGCAAGCCGGGACAAGCCCGAAUUGAUAUCAUCAUCUGCACGCCAACUCAAUGGGAUCUAGUGUCAAGACGGUGGAAACAGCGGAAGAUGGUAGAGCGAACGGGGCUGCUGAUUGCAGAUGAAAUCCAUCUGAUCGGUUCUGAGAUUGGACCAGCCUAUGAAGUGAUCGUGUCGAGGACUCGAUACGUUACCGCGCAGAGCGAGAUCAGCAAGACUCGGAUCGUCGCCCUUGGUUGUCCAUUGGCGAACGCGCGAGACUUGGGCGACUGGAUGGGAGCUAAUUCCCAGGCGAUUUUCAACUUUGCUCCUGGAUCUCGACCGUUGCCCUUGGAGGUCCAUAUUCAAUCUUUUAAUGUGCCUCAUUUCCCAUCGUUGAUGAUUCAGAUGGCCAAGCCAGCUUAUCUUUCAAUCCUCGAGUAUGCUCACGAAAAGCCAGUGAUUGCGUUUGUGCCGUCACGGAAACAAUGUCGAUUGACGGCCUCCGAUCUUUCCAUCUAUGCCCUCUCAGACGAAGAUCCGCAGCGGUUCUUGAACAUCGAGCAGGAGGACCUCGCCCCAUAUCUUGCCAAAGUCUCAGACGAAAAUCUACGGGAGACUUUAGCCAGCGGGAUCGGAUAUUACCAUGAAGCGAUGUCGAACACAGAUAAGAUGAUUGUGCAAAAGUUGUUUGAGGUGGGCGCCAUCCAGGUUGUCGUGGCUUCGAAAGAUACCGCGUGGAGUAUUCCCAUGACAGCGUUUAUGGUCAUCAUUAUGGGCGUGCAGAACUACGAGGGCAAGGAGCAUCGUUAUGUGGACUACUCUUUCCCGGAUAUCUUGCAGAUGAUGGGACGAGCUUGUAGACCCAGCGAAGAUACUACGAGCCGAUGUGUGUUGAUGUGUCAACAGGUUCGAAAAGAGUUCCUGAAGAAGUUUUUGAACGAGGGCUUGCCCAUCGAGUCACAUCUUCAUUUGUCUCUACAUGAUCAUUUCAACGCAGAGAUUGUCGCUAAAACCAUCGAGAAUAAGCAGGAUGCAGUGGAUUGGUGCACUUGGCAGUGGUUUUACCGCCGCUUGGUUGCCAACCCGAAUUACUACAACAUGCAGGCUACUGAUCAUCGACACCUGAGCGAUCACCUAUCAGAACUGGUCGAAUCGACUCUUUCAGAUCUACAAAACUCCAAUUGUAUUGCCAUUGAAGACGAGAUGGACACGACACCUCUUCCACUCGGAAUCGUUGCGGCGUACUACAACAUCAACUACAUCACUGCCGAUGUGUUCAGCAUGAGUUUGACUGAAAAGACUAAGCUCAAGGGGAUCCUUGAGAUCAUUUCUGCGGCGCAAGAGUUCGAGUCCAUCCCGCUACGACACGGUGAAGAGGGUCUACUGAAGAAAGUGCAUGACCGUGUGCCGGUGAAAGUGGGGAAAAUAGAGUACCUGUCACCACAUUUCAAGACCAACAUCCUCUUGCAGGCCCACUUCAGUCGAUUGACUCUACCCUCCGACUUGAUGCUUGACCAAGUUGAGAUCCUGAGGAAGGUUCCUAAUCUCAUAUCCGCCGCUGUUGAUGUCUUGAGCUCUCAGGAGUGUCUAAACACUACCGUUGCCAUGGAAUUCUUUCAAAUGGUCGUUCAAGCUGUGUGGAACCACGAUAGUCCAUUAAAGCAAAUCCCUGGUUUCACUUCCGAUAUCAUUAAACGAUGCACUGCAGCUAAUGUGACACAAGUCACUGAUAUUAUGGAGCUUGAAGAUGAAGAGCGAAACCGACUGCUGCAGAUGGACACAAAACAUCUGGCGAAGGUUGCCCAGUUUGUCAACUCGUGUCCGGCAAUCGAGAUCAAGCACGAGAUCGAGGACGAAGACUCACUGGUUACCAACACGCCAAUCACAUUAAAGGUCUCGCUGGUGGCAGAGGAUGAAGAGGAAGAAGAAGGGGCGAAGACGGCCGUUGCAGGGAACGUGGUCGUCGCACCCUUUUAUCCUACAGUCAAACAAGACUGUUGGUGGUUGAUCGUGGAGGACCCUAAGCAGAAGAAGCUCUUGGGUUUGAAGAAAAUCACCGGUGCUACCCCCCUGCCGACUAAAAUCGAAUUCUCCGUUCCCACCGCUGGCAAACAUGAACUCAAACUUGACUUAAUCUCGGAUUCUUAUAUUGGCGUGGAUCAGGAAUUGAAGUUGGAAAUCAAUGUCGCUGAAGGUGAAGAUUCAGAUUCGGACGACUCGGACGAUUCGGAUGAAGUGAUGGAAGAUCAACAGGUAUCUGAGAAAGAUUGA